AUGGAAACCUCGAAUAUGAACUCAUUUUUGCAAUAUUCAGUCAGCAAUCGAUCAUAUGCUCGACCGAAAUCAGGAUACAAUCAGCAUUUGCAUCACCACCCUUUGGAUCAGCAUCAAAGUUUGAAGCUGGCCAACGACAAUAGCCACCCGGGCCACUCCGCUCCCCAAAAUCCCAUCCCCGUAUCGAGAGCUUCCAGGCUGAGUUACAAUGUGGAAGAAAGCUUGCAUUCGAGCUCUGACGGCGGAGGACGCAGUGAGCCAACAGAACCGAUACAGCAUCACUCGCAACCCCCUCAUCACGAGCAUCCACAGACGCACAAUGGCUACUAUCCUCACCUUAACGACAGUCAAAGUGGAUUAUUGUCUACCUUUUAUAACGGAAGUACUGUCAAUAACGGAGCCUAUUUGGAGCAGGCCUGCACCGCAAAUGCUGACUACAUGACAACGACAGGCCCUGCCAACAACAUCCAUCCUCAGUAUUUCAUGGACGAUCCAGUUACAUCGACUUACUAUCAUCAGUCAGCAUUUUCUACCUCACCCCCCACCUUUGGACCAAGCUAUGGGACCCUGCCUGCAGCCUAUUGUGGCUCUCAAGGCGCCCUGGUCGGUUCUCAUUACCCGCCUCAGGUUAGCUCGGGUCUCGACGCAACGGGUUACCUUGGACUAUCGCACGGGGGAGGUUAUGGAGAGAUACCUGGGAGAGAAAGGGAGGAUGAAGAGAAUCAGCAAGCCGGACCCGGACAAACAUUUGACUGGAUGAAGGUGAAGCGGAAUCCACCUAAAACAGUUGUUGCGUCCGACUUCGGCCUCGCUGGCGCGAACAUGCGCACCAAUUUCACAACACGGCAGCUCACGGAAUUGGAGAAAGAGUUCCACUUCAGCAAAUACCUGACUCGGGCACGGCGAGUGGAAAUUGCCGCCACACUCGAGCUCAAUGAGACCCAGGUAAAGAUUUGGUUCCAGAACAGGCGCAUGAAGCAGAAAAAGCGCGAGAAAGAAGGAACGUCGACUCCGGUGCGCCCCUCUUCCUCAGGUUCGUUCAAAAAGGACUUGGAGGAAACGGACAACUCUUCUGUGUCUACCUCACCAGAGACCUCCCCAGACUCUGAGUAG